AUGCGCAGACCGAGAUUCAGGAGGUCGCCCUCCUCACGGCUCAGCAACCCCGAAUACAUGAUGCCUAUCCCUCAAAGCCCGACGCAGAUAUCACUCCGGGGAAGAGACACGGGUUUCCCGGAGUCAUUCUGUGGCAGCCGAAACACAUCACUGCCGCACCCCGAAGCGAACCUUAACCCCGACGCCUGCAUCACCGAGGACGAUGUGAACCCGGCGCGGGCCCUUCUCAGAUACCGGAUGUCGUUCAUGGCCCAGCAGGAGGCCAGCCGGGCAUCCACCUUCGACAGCCGAAGGUCUGAUUCUCCCGAAGAAGGAACCCUCUCCGCCUUUGGCCGGCUUGCCAUCAACUCGAUCCGGGCUGCCGAGAUCCCCGGGCUUGAUGCCUUUCUCCCAUCCAAGGACGGCGACGGUGUCGAGUCGAGUGACGGCUUGAGCAGCCGGGACCCAGACUCACCGGUACACCGGGGGACGGAGUUCGACCGUCCCAAGGCCGACCCACGAGACGGGGCGCGGGAUCCGCGUCACGGCAGGCGCAGAAGCAGUUUCAUAAAUAGGCUGAUGCACCGGUAG